AUGAAGUAUCUCUCCAUCUUCGCCAUCGCCGCUAGUAUCCCAGCCGUGAUCUUUGCCGCUCCGGUCUCACAGCCGAAUGCGGUACCUGGCUCUGUGGACGACUAUCAUAUCUGGGUCGACAAGCGUGACUCCACAGUGGAGCACUACGUUAACUAG